AUGUCGCUUGCGACUAUAUUCGGUUUUAUAGUUUCCUUGAGUGUUGCGGAUGCACAGGAAGCGGCGUUGCUGAACAUCCUGGAGGCUCUCAGGGCUGAGGUCUCCUUUCAGUCAGUGCUCCUGCUGCAGAACGAGGCUGAUACUGACACCUGCUGGACCCCAGGGGAUCUCCCCAUUGGCAUUCCCAUCUUGAACUUUAAUGCCAACCAAAGCUUUAACCUCAAACAAAGCUUUAACAAGAAUAUGCUGGCCCUUGCUUGCCUGGGCUCCGAGGGCGAGGGUACAAUGGGCGCUCUGCAUGCAAAUCUUGAGGAGAUUCGGGACACUCCGACCCUUCUUAUGGUUACGCUGGAGACAAACCUCAGCGCUCUUUUCGCGGAGUGUCGUUCGUACGACAUGCUCAAUGUCGUGGCUUUGUGGGGCCCCGAUCGUGAGUACAUCUAUAGCUAUCGGGCCUUUCCGCACUUGGAGGUGGUGAGGCGUCGUCUGGGGCACAUGCGUCGGUACUAUGAGCCGCAGGUAAGAGAUCUCGCGGGUCACCAAAUCGGCGUCAUACCAUUCAGCAUCUUGCCGCGCUCUCUGAUCUAUCGAGAUGCACGUGGAGAUCGACAGAUAACUGGGUACCUCAUUCAGUUCUACAGAAACUUCGCCAGGAGCUUGAACACCACUGUGCGGUAUCUGUGGCACCUAAUGCCGCUGAACGAGACACCUGAGCAAGAUAUGAUUGUUGCCACAGUGAAUGAAAGUCAAGUGGAUUUUCCCCUCGUCCUUUCCAACCUCGAUCCCGAGCCGUUCCUUGCCAGCAGUGUGCUGGAGGUCUCCAACUGGUUUCUCAUCCUGCCCGUGGAGCCAAAUGUGCCGCGCUCCAGUCUCUACUUCAGCCUGAAGGGAUGGCCCUACUUUCUGGCCCUGAUGCUUCUUCUGGCCCUGCUGCUGGGCAAUGCCCAUCGUCUGGACUCGGGACUGUCGAUCGCAUUGAGCUUCGGGCACAUCCUCGGCGACCACGUGCUGAGGGCCCUUCUAGGCCAGUCGUUUGUAUGGCCUAAGCGCCUCUCCUACAGCCGCACUCUCCUGUACAUCCUGCUUAUGGUGGCAGUCAUCAUCAUCAGCACCUUCUACAGCGCCAAUCUGUCGACCCUGCUAGUCGACCCCCCAGCAGCCUAUCACAUAGGCAGCUACGAGGACCUGCGCACAAACCGCGUCAAGAUACUCCUCGCCGAGCAAGAGGUGGCCCUAAUGAACGGAACCAAUAACAAGAACCUGCACGAGUACUCGGACACCUUUGAGAUAAUCCCGUCAACGGUCGAGUUUUUGGCCAAGCGGAGUGCCUUGAACAGCUCCUAUGCCUAUCCCGUGACCAGCACCCUGUGGCCGUUUCUUCAGAUAAAGCAGUCCCACCUGCGGCGUCCGAUCUUUCGCCGAUCCCAGGAGAUAUUCUUCUUGGAGUUUAUGCCACUCACCGCACCCAUGCGCAAGAAUUCCGUCUAUCGCAAGGUCUUCAAUCAAUAUGUGGCCAACACCCACGCCAGUGGACUGUACGAUCUAUGGUUCAGGCAGUCCUUCAACGAGUUCGUUCGAAUGGGAAAGCUGAACUACAGCGAGGAGAGUGAUCACGAGACCUAUCAUGAUCUCAUAUGGGAUGACUAUAUCUACAUAUGGUACGUCUAUAUCGGUGGAACUGUCACCAGUUUGCUGGCGUUUGUGCUGGAGCUAAUGUGCUUUGUGUUGAACCAAACAAAUCGCAAAUAA